AUGCAUUCUUCACUGACAUUCCUGGCAUUGGUCCUAUGCCUGGCCUCCUGGGCGAAUGGGACGAGCCACCAUGUGCGCACCACGGGAAAUACGGUGCGCUUCAAUCUCACACUGACCUGGGAGGAAUGGGCCCCUGCGGGCAUCCCUCGAAAGAUGAUCCUCGGAAAUGGUCAACUCCCCAGUCCGCUGCUAGAGUUGCGACAAGGAGACGAUGUCGAGUUCUUGGUGAUCAAUAAUCUGCCCACCAAUACGACUGUACACUUCCAUGGGAUCGAGCAAAGUGGCACUCCUUGGUCGGACGGCACGCCUGGCUUGUCGCAGCAGCCGAUUGCGCCUGGCGACCGCUUUCUCUAUAAAUGGCGUGCGACACAAUACGGGAGCUAUUUUUACCAUGCCCAUAACCGAGGACAGAUUGAUGAUGGCCUCUAUGGAGCGAUCUACAUACAUCCCGAUGACUCGGUCGAAAAACCGUUUGGUUUGAUUACAAACAGAAGCAGCGAGCUGCAGGCCAUGCGGGCGGCCGAAGAGAAGACGCAACCGAUAUUAAUCUCGGACUGGCGCCAGUUGACCUCGGAAGAGCUCUGGCGGGCUGAAGAAGACACCGGGCUUGACGGCUACUGCGCAAAUGCCCUCCUCAUUAAUGGAAAAGGAUCGAUUAGUUGUCCCGGUGAAGAAAAGAUAAACCAGCUCGCCAGUCCUGAACAGAAGCAAGUCCUGGGCAACCUGAGUCUGACCGACAUCGGAUGUACUUCCCCCAGAGUUGUAGCGAUGCAGGGGGUCUUUUCUCACAAUUUCAGCGCAAUACCGCCGUCAAUGUUUUCUGGCUGUGUGGCCGGAGAUGGUGGCACUGCGCGUGUCCUGGCUGACCCGUCCCACGAAUAUGUGAGCUAUGACCUGAUCAGUGCAGCCGGUGUCUCGAUGGCCACGUUCUCGAUCGACGAACAUCCGAUGUACGUCUAUGCCAUUGACGGACGCUACAUUCGUCCCACCUUGGUGGAUGCCAUUACCAUUGCGAAUGGCAACCGGUAUUCCGUCCUGGUGAAGUUAGAUAAGCCCGCUGGGGAUUAUACUAUUCGUGUAGCGAAUAGCGGAGUCAACCAGGUUUUAUAUACCACUGGAGUAUUGUCAUACAACACCUUGAAGAAAACACAGCAGCACGCGUCAGUAGCAUCAAUUAAUAUUCACGGCGCCGUCGUGUCUCCCAACUAUACUCUCCUGGAUGAAGCCAAGGUCAUUCCAUUCCCGGUCGAGGUGCCAUCUCAGGAAGUUGCCCAGACACAUAUCCUGCGACUCACUCAUUACAAGGCCUCCUACCGCUGGACCUUGGGAAACUCCAGUCUCCCUCUCGAACUGGAGAACGAAUCGCCGCUGCUGUUCUACCCCUCGACGGCCCAGCCAGAUCUUACUCUCAAGACGCUCAAUGGAACGUGGAUUGAUCUGAUCUUCGACAUCCAUGGCCAGAUACAGCCCCCUCAUCCAAUCCACAAGCACGCCAACAAAUUCUACGUGAUUGGCCAGGGGAGCGGAGCGUGGAAUUACUCCUCUGUCGCUGAAGCCAUGCAGCACACCCCGGAGAGUUUCAACCUCAAAACGCCCCAGAUCCGGGACACAUUCAUCACUCCGCCGUCAGCAACUGAGGACACCUGGCUAGCUAUCCGGUACCAGGUGGUGCAUCCCGGUGCAUGGCUACUUCAUUGUCAUAUUCAGGUCCAUCUUAGUGGCGGAAUGGCGAUAGGGAUCCUUGACGGCGUAGACGAAUGGCCUGAUAUACCUGAAGAGUAUUCUAUCCGGGUUUGA